GCUUUGAGGCAAAGCGGAACACUCAUUGGUUUAUUUGACAGAUCCCAUGUGUUUUUGCAGCACGGUGUUGCAACGCUCUAGAGCCUCAAUAAACUGGAUCACUACUGUUUGGGAUAAGAGACUUGGUAACACAAUGGCGUCCGACUCUCCCCGACGUCCCAGCCGCUGCGCCGGGGGGGUGGUGGUGCGAGCGCAAGCCGCGACAGAGCAGACGUACAUGGAAAGUGUGGUGACAUUUCUGCAGGAUGUGGUCCCGCAGGCGUAUACAGGCGCACCACAGACGGAUGAAAAGGAGAAAAUUGUUUGGGUCAGAUUUGAAAAGACAGACAUCAAUGAUGUCGCUCGCUCACCGGAAUUCCUGGAGAUGCACGGAAAUGUCAGCGUCCCGCCUCUCUGCCUGCUGAUUGGCUACACCGACGGGAUGCAGAUCUGGAGCAUAUCUCCGAGUGGGGAGGCCCAGGAACUAUUUUCUGUGCGUAAUGGUCCAGUGAGAACUGCCCGGAUCCUGCCUGCACCGCAUAUCAGCCCCAUGAAGAACGACAGCUUUGCUGUGAAGAGGCCUCUCCUUGGUGUCUGCAAGAGCGCCGGGUCUUCAGGAACAAGCCCCUCUUUCUGCUGUGUGGAUCUCUACUCCCUGCGGACGGGAGAGAUGGUCAAGUCCAUUCAGUUCAAAACGCCCAUUUAUGACCUGCUCUGUAACAAACGGAUCCUGGUCGUCGGUCUGCAGGAGAAAAUCGCCGCCUUCGACAGCUGUACUUUUGCGAAGAAAUUCUUUGUCACAAGCUGUUACCCCUGUCCCGGGCCCAACCUCAACCCCAUGGCGCUGGGAGGGCGCUGGCUGGCCUACGCCGAGAACAAGUUGAUCCAGUGCCAUCAGUCUCGUGGGGGCGCUUGUGGAGACGGCGCUCAGUCCUACACCGCCACCGUCAUUAGUGCCGCCAAAACCCUCAAGUCAGGCCUGACGAUGGUGGGGAAGGUGGUGACUCAGCUGGCCGGCACCGUGCCCCCCGCCCCGCCCGAGGAGGAGGCCCCGCCCCACAGCGGCCCCCGCCGCAGCGUCCACGCCCCCGGCGUCGUCACCGUCAUCGACACGCAGGCCGUGGGGGAGGGGCAGGUCAUGGUCAGUGAGGACUCGGAUGGAGAUGGGGUCGUGGCCCACUUUCCUGCCCACGAUAAACCCAUUUCCUGCAUGGCGUUCAGCCCCAGCGCCCUUGGCGGCCCCCGGAUAUACCCUGUUCCGAUUCGCUACCUUUACCACCGCCGGCCCCGCCCCCCCCUACUGACAGAGCAGACGCUAGCGGAAUGCGGAGUGGGCGGGCCGUCAGCUGUCAUUGGCCGGGCCGUCAGCUGUCAUUGGCCGGGCAAUUACGUCCUCGGCGUCCCAGGAGGCCAGAGACGGGAAGCGCAGGUGCAGGACAUGUGCCUCAGCCAGGACUGCCGCUGGGUGGUGAUCAGCACGCUGCGCGGCACCUCGCACGUGUUUCCCAUCAACCCCUACGGCGGCCCGCCCUGCGCCCGCACGCACGUGUCGCCCCGGGUGGUGAACCGCGUCAGCCGCUUCCAGAAGAGCGCCGGGCUGGAGGAGAUCGAGCAGGAGCUGGGCGGGAAGCAGGGGGGGCGCUGCAGCCCCGUCCCGGGCCUCUCCAGCAGCCCCUCUGGCUCCCCGCUGCACGUGAAGCUCGGUAACCAGGAGACGUACAGCAGCUUCACCAGCAGCACCACGGGGAACCCGGGCCUCUCUCCCCUGCCCACGCUGACGGUGGUGCCUCCGCUCGCCCAGAUCAAGCAGCCCGUCACGCUGGGCACCAUCACGAAGCGCACGGGACCCUACCUCUUUGGGGCAGGAUGUUUUUCCAUUAAAACUCCGUGCAAAGCCAAGCCGACUCCUCCCCACGUUUCCCCCAGCAAGUCCUCCGGAGGGGAGUUCUGCGUGGCGGCCAUCUUUGCCUCGUCCCGCUCCUGGUUCCUCACCAAUCCCAACACCAAGAGGGAGAAAGACCAGUCCAAGCAAGCAGUGGUGGAUUCCCUCUACAUCCUCAGUUGUUAUGGUAACUUGGUAGAGCACGUUCUGGAGCCCCGGCCAAUCAGCACGGCCCAAAAGAUUGGUGAUGACACGCCCCUGGAGCUGAGCACCUGCCCCCGGGCCAGCUGGACCCUGGCCAGGACGCCGCACUGGAACGAGCUGCAGCCACCGUUCAGCGCCAACCAUCCCCUGGUGCUGGCAUCAGACCUGGUGCAGCACUACCAGUACCUACUGGCUGGCAUGGUGCCCCCCGGAAGCCCCGGCCCCAUCACGAGGCAGGAGUCGUAUGACAGCCUGGCGUCGGACCACAGCGGGCAGGAGGACGAGGAGUGGCUGUCCCAGGUUGAGAUUGUGACCCACACGGGGCCCCACCGGCGCCUGUGGAUGGGCCCCCAGUUCCAGUUCAAGACGCUGCACCCGUCGGGCCAGACCACGGUCAUCUCCUCCAGCUCCUCCGUGCUGCAGUCCCAGGGCAGCCUGGACUCCCAGCAGCCUCUGCUCGACUUCGACACCGACGACCUGGACCUGCACAGCCUCAGGAUCCAGCCCGUCCGCUCGGAGCCAGUGAGCAUGCCCGGGUCCUCCAGGCUGGUGGCGGAUCGCCGGGGUCUGCCCGGCGCCAUGGACCCCGGAGCAGGGAUGCUGGACCGCAGCGUGACCCUGCUGGAGGUGUGCGGCAGCUGGCCCGAGAGCUUCAUGCGUCACAUGACCUCCGCGGACGCCUCCGAGGACGGGCUGAGGGAGCGGCUGGCCGACGCCAUGUCCGAGUCGCCCAGCCGGGACGCCGUGGGCACCGGGACAGAGCUGCAGAGGGAGGGCAGCAUUGAGACCCUCAGCAACAGCUCGGGCUCCACCAGCGGCAGCAUCCCCCGCAGCUUCGAGGGCUACCGCUCGCCGCUGCCAACCAAUGAGAGCCAGCCGCUCAGCCUCUUCCCCAGCGGAUUCCCUUAGACCAACCCCGGCGCGCCGGUCCGACGCCAGCGCC